GCCAUUGCAGUACAUUGAGCUCCAUAGAGACAGCGCCGGAGCAAGUGAGAGCCAGACCGGCACUGGGCGACUCUGUGCCUCGCUGAGGAAAAUAGUUAAUCAUGGGCAAAGGAGAUCCUAAGAAGCCGAGAGGCAAAAUGUCAUCAUAUGCAUUCUUUGUGCAAACUUGCCGGGAGGAGCACAAGAAGAAGCACCCAGAUGCUUCAGUCAACUUCUCAGAGUUUUCUAAGAAGUGCUCAGAAAGGUGGAAGACCAUGUCUGCUAAAGAGAAAGGAAAAUUUGAAGACAUGGCAAAGGCUGACAAGGCCCGUUAUGAAAGAGAAAUGAAAACUUAUAUUCCCCCUAAAGGGGAAACAAAAAAGAAGUUCAAGGAUCCCAAUGCACCCAAGAGGCCUCCCUCGGCCUUUUUCUUGUUUUGUUCUGAGUAUCGCCCAAAAAUCAAAGGAGAACAUCCAGGCCUAUCCAUUGGUGAUGUUGCAAAGAAACUGGGAGAAAUGUGGAAUAACACUGCUGCAGAUGACAAGCAGCCUUACGAAAAGAAGGCUGCUAAGCUGAAGGAAAAAUAUGAAAAGGAUAUUGCUGCAUACCGAGCUAAAGGAAAGCCUGAUGCGGCAAAAAAGGGAGUCGUCAAGGCUGAAAAGAGCAAGAAAAAGAAGGAAGAGGAGGAGGAGGAGGAAGAUGAAGAGGAUGAGGAGGAGGAGGAAGAUGAAGAAGAUGAAGAAGAAGAUGAUGAUGAUGAAUAAGUUGGUUCAGUUUUUUUUUCUUGUCUAUAAAGCAUUUAACCCCCCUGUACACAACUCACUCCUUUUAAAGAAAAAAAUUGAAAUGUAAGGCUGUGUAAGAUUUGUUUUUAAACUGUACAGUGUCUUUUUUUGUAUAGUUAACACACUACCGAAUGUGUCUUUAGAUAGCCCUGUCCUGGUGGUAUUUUCAAUAGCCACUAACCUUGCCUGGUACAGUAUGGGGGUUGUAAAUUGGCAUGGAAACUUAAAGCAGGUUCUUGUUGGUGCACAGCACAAAUUAGUUAUAUAUGGGGAUGGUAGUUUUUCAUCUUCAGUUGUCUCUGAUGCAGCUUCUACGAAAUAAUUGUUGUUCUGUUAACUGAAUACCACUCUGUAAUUGCAAAAAAAAAAAAAAGUUGCAGCUGUUUUGUUGACAUUCUGAAUGCUUCUAAGUAAAUACAAUUUUUUUUAUUAAAAAAAA